CGUGUGUUGGUAACUUAAUGGGUGUUUUCGUCCGCUAGGAGCUGUAGUAGGAAAUGGAUUUACUGAAAACGAUAACUCACCAGUCUAGCAGCAAUCACAAAAUGUGUGAACAGGGACGUAGCAAAUCGUGUGAACUGAAAAAGAAGAAAAAUGAGGAGCAGACACAUGCUAUGGCUUCUGAAACGUCUCGGAUUAUUUCUGACCCGAGUACUGGGAAAUGCUACUGCAGAGGCAGAGUACUUGGCAAGGGUGGUUUCGCCAAAUGUUAUGAGAUGACUGACCUGGAAACUAAUAAAGUCUACGCUGCAAAGAUCAUUCCUCAUUCCCGAGUGGCAAAACCUCAUCAAAGGGAGAAGAUUGAAAGAGAAAUCGAAUUGCACAAAACACUUCAACACAAGCACGUAGUUCAGUUUUAUCAUCACUUUGAAGAUCAAGAAAAUAUUUAUAUUCUCCUAGAAUUCUGUAGUAGAAGGUCUAUGGCGCACGUAUUGAAAGUGAGGAAGGUUUUGACAGAACCAGAGGUGCGGUACUACCUCAGACAGAUUAUUUCAGCAUUAAAGUACCUUCAUGAGAGAGAAAUUCUACACAGAGACCUCAAAUUAGGUAACUUUUUUAUCAACGAGGGAAUGGAACUUAAAGUCGGAGAUUUUGGAUUGGCAGCAAAACUGGAACCCCUGGAAAACAGGCGAAGAACAAUCUGUGGUACUCCCAACUACUUGUCCCCAGAGGUCCUCAAUAAACAAGGCCAUGGCUGCGAAUCUGAUGUCUGGGCAUUGGGCUGUGUAAUGUAUACAAUGCUGCUGGGGAGGCCUCCAUUUGAAACCACAAAUCUCAAAGAAACAUAUAGGUGCAUAAGGGAAGCUAGAUACACAAUGCCUUCAUCAUUAUCUUCUUCAUCUAAGCACUUAAUAGCUUACAUGUUAUCAAAGAAUCCACAGGACCGGCCUACAUUAGAUGAGCUUGUACAGCACGACUUCUUUGCACAGGGUUUUACACCUGAGCGGCUACCAUCAAGCUGUUGCCACACUGCACCAGAUUUCCAUCUCUCCAGUCCAGCCAAGAAUUUCUUCAAAAAAGCUGCUGCAGCUCUCUUUGGUGGGAAGAAGGAAAAAGUCAAGUAUCUAGACGGUCAUCAUAAACUUUCAAAAGAUGAUGAUGAAAUCUUUAGACUUAGACGUGACUUAAAGAGGACGUCCAUAAGUCAGCAAACUCUUCGUCAGAGAACAGAUGAAGACUGUACAGUAAUGGGUAAAGCUUCCACAGCAUCAGUUGUAAAGCACAGCGGGUUGGCAAAGGAAGACAGUCGGCAAAUGAAAGAUACUAUUCGAAUGAUAGUGAGGGGUACUUUAGGAAGCUGCAGCAGCAGUAGUGAAUGUCUUGAAGAUAGUACAAUGGGAAAUGUUGCAGAUACAGUUGCCAGAGUACUUCGUGGCUGCCUUGAAAAUAUGCCAGAAGUAGACUGUAUGCCAAAAGAACAGUUGAAUGAUGCCUUUCAGUGGGUUACAAAGUGGGUGGACUAUUCCAAUAAAUAUGGCUUUGGUUAUCAGCUGUCUGACCACACUGUUGGUGUUUUAUUCAACAAUGGAACACACAUGAGCCUGCUUCCAGAUAAAAAAACUGUCCAUUAUUAUGCUGAACUUGGUCAGUGUUCCAUUUAUUCAACGACAGAAGCUCCAGAACACUUGAUUGGUCAAGUUACCAUUUUGAAGUACUUUGCACACUACAUGGAAGAGAACUUGAUGGAUGGAGGGGAUUUACCCAGUAUAAUGGAUACUUCCAAACCAAGACUGUACCUUCUUCAGUGGCUGAAGUCUGAUCAGGCACUCCUAAUGCUUUUCAAUGAUGGCACUUUCCAGGUGAACUUUUAUCAUGACCAUACAAAAAUUAUUGUAUGCAAUCAAAACGAGGAGUAUCUUCUGACCUACAUAAAUGAGGACAGACUUUCAACGACUUUCCGUUUGACUACACUUUUGAUGUCUGGGUGCUCAGUGGAACUAAAGAACAGAAUGGAAUAUGCAUUAAAUAUGCUGUUACAGAGAUGCAACUGAAAUGGGAAGGAAGGACUUGGGCUGUGCAGAACUGAUAGGAUGUUUACACUGUGAGAACUGUUGCAAAAAUGAUGGUGGGAACCGAACGUAGACACUGGCAGGAGAAGGUGGUACGACAGGUUCAGUGGACAUUCCUCUGGUGUGCUGGGCUGGAACCAGACAGUAGUUUAUUAAAAUCCUGCUUUGUUGGACUUGUUGGAAUUUUGAAGUGUUUGGAUAGAAAGAAAUGUUACAGUUGUGGUAUUCGUGUUGGACAUUUGAAUUGAAAGUGGGACUCAACAAAGUGGGGUAGUACAAUGUAGCUCCAUAGAGAGCAUAUAUUGAGGACUGAACUGUGAACUUUCCCAGCAGGGAAAGUGCAGACUGGUCUUAGAACUGUGAAUGCCACAGGUUCUUGUGGCUUAAACUGUGAACUAUGGCCAUAUGUCCACAUGGCUAAACAAAUAAUAAUCCCACAUUUUGUGGCUGGAUAAGUGCAUUCCUUGUGACUAAUUUAUUACGGUCAGAAGUGCAGUAUUUAUUAUUUAUUAUUAAAGUGUUUGUUUUAAACUUUA